AUGGGCCUCUCCAAGACCAACAGGAUUCUGAUCCUGUUGGCUAUUGACUCGGCUUUCUUCUUGCUAGAAUUGAUUGCUGGCUACAGCGUCCACUCGCUUGCCCUUGUUGCCGACUCCUUUCAUAUGUUGAAUGAUGUUCUCUCUCUCUUGGUCGGAUUAUGGGCCGUGAAAGUCGCCAACCGCGAAACCAACUCGAAGAUGUACACAUAUGGGUGGCAACGCGCAGAAACAUUGGGUGCCUUAGUCAACGGAGUCUUUCUGGUCGCCUUGUGUUUGUCUAUCUUCUUGGAGGCCAUACAGAGACUGGUCGAGCCUCAGGAGGUCAAGAAUCCUAAAUUUGUCUGCAUUGUCGGCUGUUUGGGUCUGCUAUCAAACAUCAUCGGCCUGGUCCUUUUCCAUGACCAUUCUCAUGGACACGGUCACAGCCAUGGUCACGCAGACAUCGAAGAAGGUGACUCUUCGCACGGUCAUGAGCAUAAUCAUGACCCUGUACCAGUCUUGGAGCAGGGAAACACAACUAGCGUGAACGCCUCUUCCCCAUAUUCAAACCGUCGUCGGACCUUGGACAGUCAGCACCGCAGCUCUCGUCGCUACAGCGGCGCAACCGGCCGUGGGUUCCUUGAUGUUGAAGAGAUCCAAGUCCACCCCGCCACUUUGCGGCAAGAAAUCAUUGCGGCCAGUCGCUCUCGCUAUGAUGACCCAUCGGGAUCCGACACUGACGUGCUUGAGGGUGGGGAUUCCGAGGACGUCCGUCCAUCCGAACGCUCUGCGCUAUUGGGCCACAAGGAUCGUGCUGGCAACUACACUGACGCCGGGAAUGCGCCUAAGACGGCUCAUCGUACUCAUGUGGACGAGGACAUUCACAGGCAUCACAAUCAUGCCCAGCCUAAGCAGAAGGAUGAGAAGCACAGCCAUGGCCAUAGCCAUGAUCUGAACAUGCGAGGUGUCUUCCUUCAUGUGAUGGGUGAUGCGCUCGGCAACAUCGGUGUCAUCGCCUCCGCCCUGAUUAUCUGGCUGACUGAUUAUUCCUGGCGCUUCUAUGUGGAUCCUGGCAUUUCGUUGGUGAUCACCGUGAUUAUUCUCUGUUCUGCCAUUCCUCUUUGCAAAGCGGCCUCGCGAAUCCUGCUUCAGGCUGUGCCCCACGGCCUAAGCAUUGACCAUAUCAAGGAGGACAUUGAAGGACUGCCAGGAGUAAUUGGCUCCCACCACUUGCAUGUCUGGCAGUUGAGUGACACCAAGCUUGUGGCUUCGAUCCACAUCCAGGUGGAUACGGAGAUCAAGGGCGAGGGGUCGGAGCGGUAUAUGCGUCUAGCCCGGCAGGUGCGCAAGUGCUUGCAUGCCUAUGGCAUUCAUUCUUCCACCAUUCAACCGGAAUUUGCGCCGGACAGCGAUGCCGAGGACACCCUUCAGUUCCCUUCUCACCCCGAUGGUGAAGCCUCCACUUCGACGACGCUCCCGAGCCGUGCACCCAGUGUCCCUGAAGGAGAUCCUCAGGCUUGUCUUCUUGAAUGUGGCGAAGAAUGCGCCCAAAACGGCCAGUGCUGUCCGAAGAGGUCGCUGUGA